AACGAGAAGACCGGUCGCAUCCAAAACGCCCCGUAUGUGGACAACAGCUACAAGUGGGCCGGCGGUGGCCUACUGUCCAACGUUGAGGAUCUGCUGAAGUUCGGCAAUAUUAUGCUCUAUAGUUUCAAAGGCGGCGCUCCCGACGGCAAACCCGGUCUCAUCAACAAAGACAUUGUCGAUAUGAUGUGGACUCCGGCGGAAAAUACUUUGGGAAAGUUCGGCGCGGGUUAUGGUCUCGGAUGGCAUACACUGAGGGACGGCAAGUGUGAGUACGCGUUCUGCGCUGAGCCAACGUUUCCCACUUGGAUGUAUCACACGGGCGCUGCGAUCGGCGCCUUAUCUAUACUUAUGAUUGAGCCCAACAGUGAACUUAUUGUCGCAGUUAUAGUGAACACAACCGGUGUGUCCGGUUUGGGAGAGACGGCCACUUAUAUCGCGCAUCAAUUCACUCGUCAUAAUAAUUGGACGCAAAAGUUAUCGCAAAUAUUACGUUGGGGCGGAUAUGGUUUGGGUUGGGGUGUCAUCCGAGACGUGACGGCUAAGAAUGCUUUCUGUGCGGAACCGUUGGCCCCAAACAUGUUCUCACACGUCGGCGCCGCCAUCGGCUCCUCAUCUGUGAUACUGAUUGAGCCGAACAGCGAACUAAUCCGGAUCAGUUGCGGUGACACUUGUGCAGACAUGGAAGCGGCCGAACAGAACUUUGAUCUAAGCGAGUAUCGGGUGAUGACCAUUGAGGACAACCACAAGCACGGAAUGGUGAACCUCUUGAACUCGAUUGUCUCGGAGCCAGCGAUGGCCGACUUUAACGACACGAAAGCCGUGGUGUUUAAGUUGGGAUCACUGGUGGAACUGUUUGACGACUCGUUCAUCACCAGCGGUAUCGGCGCUCAGAGUCGGCUCAAAAUGAAGAGUUUCGAGUCGUUAGACGAAUCCGAUUUGCAGGAAAUCAGUGGACACGUGAGGAAUUGGUUGAUCUCUUACUAUAACGCCGACUCACUUAUCGAAUCGCUGAAACUGGAGGAAGGCUUACAGGAGGAGAUAGCGAUGGCGGCGCUGUUGAUACUGAAUGUGUUUUAUCAGUUGCGAGAGUCUAUACCGCAGGUGAAGGACCAGUUGGAGGAGAGUUGGAUCUAUUUGUCGGACUUUGACGACCAAUUAGAGGCCAUGUGGAAGACUGAUCGGGCGUUUAGUCUCCUGCAGACAGAACUGGAAUGCGAACGAAUCCAACGCUUGGCUGACAGACAAAAGUUGUCAAAAUUGGAGAAAGAAGUGAACAGUUAUAAGAGAAAAGUGAAACAAUCGAAAGAAAUGCUCGAAAAGUUGAAAAAGUUUGCCUCAAAGCCGGCGCCCAAAAGCCGUAAGAGAGGCGGCGGACAACAGACGCCUACAUCCAGACGCGGCCGACCCAAGAAAGGCGGCGGCGGUUACCGUAUGGCAACCGAUUCGGACAUUGAGGCCGAUUUGCCUCCAAUGCCGGGCACUCCGGUGCUCCUGUCUUCGUCGGGAACCGGCUCUUCGUGCAGAUAUUGUGGCAAAUGGUUUAACGAUCAGUUGAAACUCAAUAAACACAUUAUAAUACACGCCGGGAGUAAGCCGUUUGCGUGCGAUUGGCCGGGUUGUGGCCGACCCUUCGACUCCAACUAUAAGCUUCAGCGCCACCGCCGCUGCCAUACAGGAGAGCGUCCCUUCGGGUGCCUGAUAUGCGACAAACGGUUCACCAGAUCUGAUAAACUUCGCGAACACCAAAGGCUUCACGAAAAGCAUAACCUCAUGAAAAUGAAGGCCGAGUCCGAAGCGGCCGAGACUACUACUACUACUAUCCUCUCCAUUGAAUUGCCCGACGCUGUGGUCAACGAAUCCAAAGAUGAGGACCAGGAGCUCAACGCCUGAUCUCAUUGUAAUGCUGUAUAUCUUUGA